AUGGAAGAUUAUGGAUUAUUAAAUAAGGUUAUUUCAAUUUCAUUAGAUAAUGCUUCAAAUGGUAUCGGUGCUGUCAAAAUGCAAUGUAAUAAAAAAAUUAUAGAUUCGUCCUUUAAUAACUCUGCCAGUAGAUGUUUCGCCCACAACCCUAAAUUUAUGUUUUGUUUCUUUUGUAAAAGAUAA